AUGCCAGGAACAGUUGCAGAGCCUCCAUCGGUGUCCCUAUCCUUUGCCAAUAAUUUCUGGGGCAAAGAGGAUGCUGGUGUUGGGCCUAUGCUAGAUCGCAUGCAUGGCGCGAAAGUGACUUGUGAUGAGCUCAAGACAUUCUACAACAUCCGCGCCGCGAUCGAAGAUGAAUAUUCACGGAAGCUUAUGGCACUUUGCCGCAAGCCGCUAGGAACACACGAAACAGGCUCUCUGCGGUCGUCGUUCGAUGUUGUCCGUGGUGAGACGGAAUCGAUAGCCAAGUCGCACGCCGCAAUUGCAGCGCAAAUGAAGCGAGAACUUGAGGAACCAUUGAUUGCUUUUGCAGGCGGAUCGAAGGAGAGAAGGAAGAUCAUUCAGACAGGAAUUGAGCGCCUUCUCAAGACCAAGAUACAACAGACCCAAACGGUGAACAAGACGCGAGACCGAUACGAGCAGGAUUGUUUGAGGAUCAAGGGUUACCUCGCACAAGGACAUAUGGUAAUGGGGCAGGAGGAGCGGAAAAACAAGGCCAAGCUUGAAAAGACACAAAUCCAGCUUGCAACCAGCAGCAGCGAGUACGAGGCCGCUGUCAAGAUCCUCGAAGAGACUACCGGUCGUUGGAAUAAAGAGUGGAAGGCAGCUUGUGAUAAAUUUCAAGAUCUCGAAGAGGAACGAAUCGAUUUCACCAAGAGCAGUCUUUGGGCGUACGCAAACAUUGCGUCGACUGUGUGCGUUAGUGACGACGCUUCUUGUGAGAAGAUUCGUCUCUCGUUGGAAAACUGCGAAGUUGGGAAAGACAUUGUCUCUUUCAUCAAGGAAAGAGGAACUGGACAAGACAUUCCGGAUCCGCCCAAGUUCAUUAACUUCGCCCGGGGCGAUGUAAACGACACAAGCUCAGAGCUGUCUGAAGAAGAUGGAUUUUCUGUGGCCCAAUUUCAGCGUACCAUCAAUCCAGCAUUCCGCAGUUCCUCUCCGCAACCAUCAACUUACGAAUCUCAUCAUGAGCCGCGAUCUGAAUCGGCAGCCAGGCUGGAUAACAAUAGCCCUACAACGCCUGCCAGCAGGGAAGCUACGGUCACUCCGCAAAAACCAACGCAACCGCCGGCCCCUCUGGACCUUCGUCGGGGAGGUCAUCUCCCACCAAACUAUGACCCUAACCAACACGGAGAGAUUGCGCCGGUGCCGCACAAUGCAUAUCCGACGGACGGAAUGACCAUGUUUUGCCGCACUGGACCCCCUUCAGAGCGUAGCUCCGGAAGCAACAGUGCUUAUCGGCCUUCGAGCCGUGAGUCGCAAAGUGAGAUCUCUAAUCCAACAUCAGUGUCGAGCCAGGAGCCUCCCAGCGCCAGGCAAUCUCCAACGAAGCCCACCAACGGGGUUGCGCUCCCAGGUCUUGGUGGAGACAAGCAGAUCCAGAAGAGAAGAAGUGCUUUCUUUAGCAACAGCCCGUUCCGCCGCAAGAGCCGCCAUGAUAAGGACCGUAAUUCUGGCCCCUCGCACACACCUACUCGAAGCACAUGGGAGUCUCCCACAAAACAGGUCACUCCAGUAAAGGCACCUCAGCCUCAGCAACCGCCAGCGCCAGCGCCUGUCCUUGACAAUGAGCGGCCGGUUGAAAGUCCUGAGCCGGUAGACCCCAGGGCGAAUUUUCAGCUUAAUGUUGGUAACAACGUUUUUGACGUCGCUUCCCCAGACAAGGCCACGGCCAAGAAGGCUGCUCAAACGACCAAGGCUGGAGAGGAGGAGCUUGACCCUAUCGCCCGUGCUCUAGCAGAUUUGAAAGGCGGUGGGAAGCAGUCCAUGACCAGGGUGUCUGCCGACAGGUAUCAUGGCAUUGCCACACCUGUGCCGUCCGCUCCUUCUUCCAACUACAGCGACGCACCUGUGGCGACUCCCCCUCCUGCAUACAAUGAUCCGUCGGUCAAGAGGCUUGAUGCGCCACAACCCGCCUUUACUUCUGCGCAAAUGCAGAAAACGACUCAGAAAUACACUGGUCAGACCCAGAGUAUGCUCAGGGGAAGCGGUAAUACCCCAAGUUUGGCAAGCCGAAACAGCGCGGAAGUUCCUCGAGUCAAACAGGAAAUUCCACGAGCGAAGUCACCUGCUCCGAGACGCAGCGCCAGCCCACAAGUUUCAAGUCCCCAAGUGAUCAGUCCACAGCCAGUCAGCCCGCAGGUUGCGCCUGCUCGUGUGGAGACCCGGACGGGCCAUUACAGUAGGGGCGCAAGUCCAAGCCCGAGUGCGUAUCAGACAAACAGUGUCAGAAGCCGCUAUAGCCAAUCGCCCUCGGUGUCUACUCCGCCUCAGCGGCCUGUUGAUGCAGCACCAUCCCCGCGUGAAUUUCCUAGGCGCAGCUCUCCAAACCCGGCGGCGGCACGCGCCGUUUCUCCUCAACCCCAAUUCAGACAGCAGACCAGGCCUUCCAGCGCCGGUGGUAUGGAGUUGCAACUGUCGAGCGGUGGUAGUGGGGAUAUGUACGGCGCCAGUUAUGACAGCUACGGCUCUCGAGGCACGGACUCUGGUCGGCCUAUGUCAUAUUACGGCGAUGGUGGUAGCCAGGGAGGCAGAUCCCGGAGCAGGACUGUGGCUGUGGCUGACCCUAGCAGGCAGUUUAGCCGGGACGGACGUCCAAUUCUACAUUUUGCACGCGCUCUGUACAGCUAUACCGCCGCCAUACCUGAAGAGCUCGGAUUUGCCAAAGGAGACGUCUUGUCUGUCAUUCGGCUUCAGGACGACGGUUGGUGGGAAGCCGAGAUUACCACUGCUCGGAGCCGUACUGGUUUGGUGCCGAGUAACUACCUUCAAAUUAUCUGA